GGAGGAUCCCAGGGAAGCUGGAUUAUUCCAGGGAAGGCUGGAGCUGCUGUGGCCACCGUGAUUAUGGCGGGGAGAGAGAGAGAGAGAGAGGGAGAGUGGCAUUUUGAAGUUUGGAUAAAACCUUAAUUGAAGUCUUGGCUGGUGUUAAUUAUAUUAAAGGCAGAGUGAGCGAUGGGCUUUUUAUUAGUUAAUGAGGAUUUUCAUUUUCCGGCAGAGGAGCCCUUUGAUGUUUCCAGGACUAAUGGCUGUUAAAUUCAACUUAUUCGCUUUGCCACUGCUGGAGGGUGAUGGGGGAGCAGGAGCUGCUCCAGUCACGGUGCCCAAAGCCCUGGGAGCCACCAGCCACUGCGGAGAGAGGACAGGGAUUCUCCCAGCACGUCCCCACCAGGGUCAUGUGGGAACAAGGAUUUGGGGGUGGGAGAUGGGCUGUCCUGCACAUGAGCACAGCACCCAGCGUUCCUGCGUGUCCCUGUGCUGAUCCCCCUGCAUCCCACGGGCCCUCAGCAUCCUUGGGCAUCCCCGGGGCACCCAGCACCCCCAGGCUAUCCCGUGUCCAUCCAGCCUGCCCUGCUCUCCACACGGAUUUUUCCAGCCUAUCUCCAAACCCCACGCCAGGCUGCCUCUCUCCCGCCGCAAUUAGCAUUUAUUAUGAUUGUUUUGCAUUCAUUACCCGCGGAGCCAGCGCUCUAGCCCAUCUGAAAUCAUGUGCAAAUUCCCUCUGCAUCACUUUUCCCACCCUUGCAGGGGAAGGGCUGCACAGUUUGAAUAUUCCAGGCCUGGGGAGCGCCCCAGCCACGCUGCUGCUCCCCAGCUGGAUGAUUUGUAGCAUUAAUCAAGACCCAGAGCACUUUGCAUUUCAAAUGCUGCCAGGGAAGAGCCAGGCAGGAAUCUGGGCUUUGGGGAAUAUUCAGGAGGAAAAGGGGUUUGUCCUCAGCCUCGCCUCGGCCCACGGGAGGUUCCGGGGUGGGAACUCCAGCGGGAUCUCCCCACGUGGCAGAGCCCCGGGGAGCCCAGCAGCUACUGAAGGAGUUUUUGGGGUGUCCAGUGGGGCAGGAUGGGGUGGGAUGAGGGUGGCAGUGGGCACAGGACCCUCUACAGCAGCACUGACAGCACUUGGAGGGGCUGGGGUUCCCCAAGGCUGGGUCAGGAGUGGCUGCUCCCCCCGGACCCCCCAAAUGGCAGCUCAGCCCCUCCUGGGGGGGCUCUCUGUGUGUGGCUGCCGUGGGGCAGGAGGGGAGGGCGGGGAGGGCUCUUUCCUGGUAAUUACCCCUCGUCCUUCCCAGCCAGGCUCAUGGAGGGAGCCGGGGGGGACACAGCUUAAGCUAUCAAUGGUCCUGCCUUGAUGGGAAUAAAAUAUGCACUGAAAGACAUGAAAAUGGAGUAAAUAAAAGAGAUAAAAAUGGAACGAUCAAGCCAGCAACUUCUCCUCCUCUGAUUAAAAAGAGGGAGUGGGGGGGGGAAGAGGGGAUGCGCUGAGCCCUUGAAGAGGCAGCUGCUGCCGCAGCCGCAGCCCUGAUAAAGGGGCUGAGCAGCCUGUUUGGGAGAGAUAAAGUGAAGUCCCAGCGUUUCCUGUCCUCAAUCCAAGCCUUACCAUCAAUAUUAAUACAGCCUGACAAACUGGCGUUUAAGAUAGAAUAAAUAUAGACUGGUGCUGCUAUUACCUAGACCUUAUUAAUCUGCUUGCAGGCAUUUAAAUGCCGUUAAAAAUAUGGAGUUUACUCGCUGGCACUUCAAUAGCUUUACAAUCCAUCAGCGUUUUGUUUUCUGCCCUCCUCCUCCCCUUCCCGAGGUGCUGGCUCUGGGUGCCCACUGACCUGUGCUGCUCCGGGCUGGGAGAGAGGAGGGAGCUCUGCUGAAGGAUGAUGAUGAUGAUGGGUGAGAGCUCAGCCCAUGGAGGCACAAACCCCUCGGAGAUGCCCGUCCCACGUGCCGGCUGGGCGCCGGCUCCGCAGCUCCAGAUGGCACCCGGGAAAGAGUUAAGUCCGCUGUGAUCAACAGCAAGAAGCAAGUGGCUUCGUUAAUGUGGCACUAAGAGGAGCCUGAAAAUGAUUGUGAGACGAUGAAAUUGAAAUUGGAGCACGGCACUUCUAAUGCAUCUGGAGUCACUCUUGCGUGCCCCGGCAGAUGUAACCUGGCAGUGACCGGCAGCUCCCGGGCACCCGCAGCACCCAGAGCCUCCUCCAGCUCCCCCACCCUGCUCCACAAGCUCCACAAAAUCCUUUACAGAGUUUCCCUUGGGGAUGGAAGGGUGGGAUGGCCCUGAGCACCCAGAGCUCCUGCUGUGGGGUAGGGAUGGGGCAGACAACCCGGAGCAUCCCCAGAACACGGAGAAGGGUUGGGGUUGGGACUGAUGGUGCUCCAGGCGAGCAAAGCAGCUCCUGGCACAGCCCUCGAGUGUCCAUGCAGGUCCCCUGGGUGAUGCUGACAUCAGCUCCUGUGCUCCCAUGGUCUGGAGCAGGGCUGGGAGCACCUUCCUCCUUCCCAGGCAGAAUCCUGGCCCCCAAGGCAACCGACAGGGCCCGGGCGUGUUUGGAAAAGCUCCACUUGUGCUUGCAAGGAUAAACCUCUGGAUGAAUGAACCUUCUUCACUCCCGGGGAAUCCUGAUGGCUGCAGGAGGGUCACAGGGAUCCCAUUCCCAUCUCCACAUCCCGGCAGAUUCGGUGCUAGGGGAUUGUUGACACAUCCCAGCAAGGACCAGGCUGGUGGCACAUCCACAUCCAUCACAUCACGAGAGCCACAGCCCCAGGACUGUCCCACAACACCGGGGGUGGCACUGUGGCAUCCAGGGCCAGGCUGGGGCAACUCCUAUGGGCCCGAGAGCUGCAGAGGAAAAGAGGGAGAAAAAGUUGAGGGUGACAAGACAAAUAGGGAGAUGUUUUAUUUUUGGGGAUGGGUUAGGAUGAGCAGCAUUUUUGAGGAUGAGCAGCCACCAGCUGCAAGAGGCACAGGGGAUGAUGAGGGAUUCAUGGGAAUACUGGCUCAGGAUGUCACCAGUCCCAGUCUCCUCUGGGAUAACUGCUCCCUGCCCAUCUGCACAGCCCUGGAUGCAGCCACCCAAGGGCUAAACCCGACUUCCCAUGGGACACAGCAGCACCGUGGGACCAGCAGAGACGGAUGUCAGUGUUAAAUAUUCAUCAGAGGUGUGGAAUUUACUGGAAGCAUCCAUUAGGAGGUAACGCCCCAUCCACAGCGUGCUCCCGCAGCCGGGCCAUGCCGAGGUGGGCGGAAGGCGGCGGGGGAGGGAGACGGAUGCUCCGGAGGAGGCUGCGGAGCCGUAAACCAGAUGCACUGCUAGGAAUCAAUGAGGAGCUACAGACUUUAGGCACUCAACCACCGGGAAUGAAGAGAAGGAAUAAACAGACAAGGAGAUGAAUAACACCCCGGAAAGGAGGGGAAGGAAUGGGGGAGCAGCAGGGAUACACAUCCUGGAAGAGAUGAUCCCUGGGAGUGGGAUGGAAUGGCAUGGUUUGGUCCAGGGGGAUGCAGACCCUGGAGGAGAUGAUCCCCGGGAGUGGGGUGGGAUGGAAUGGCAUGGUUUGGUCCAGGGGGAUGCAGACCCUGGAGGAGAUGAUCCCUGGGAGUGGGGUGGGAUGGAAUGGCAUGGUUUGGUGUGGAGGGAUGCAGAGCUCCAGAGCAAUGUCGAGCAUCCCAGAGAGAUGCUGAGCAGUCCUGAGGACACACACCUUGGCAGGGGACGCUGUCGGGCUUGGAGUGAGCUGUGGUGUGCCCGGGCAGGGCCGGGGCCGGGCCAUCCCACGGGCACCGGGAGCCGCCGCACCGGCCGCGCUCCGCAGCGUGCCCCGGGGUCGGGGCUGGCACACGGAGGGGGUUGUUUUCCUCAUCUCUCCGGUAAUUUUUCCCUCUGACUAUGAUGCAUAGCGGUGCUAAUUCGGCACGUUGCCAUUAAUUCCAGCACAGCUGCCGCUCUCUCCCUCAAGGCAUUUCGCUAAUACUCGGCUUCAGAGCCUCUCAGCAAAUUAACAUCAUUUGUUCUGCAGAACAUGUUUUAUUUCUACACUACAUGCAUAGCUUAUUACUCCUCCAGAAACUCGGGGUGUGCAGGAGGCAGCGCCGUGGGCACAGCCCUCCAGAGCCAGCCCUGCUCCCCUGCUCGCCGUGCCCAUCCCUGGGCGGGCACAGGGACACGGCGCUGUCCCUUGUGCCACCUCGCACUGACCCGAGCUGGAGCUGCAGGGAUUUUCUCCCAGUGCCAGGAUGCUCUGGUGCUGUUGGAACACCCAGAGCUGCUGAUGUGAGGGGGGAUGGUGGCAGUGUGCUGGAUCAGUCACUGGCUGGCAUCUCCUGCAUCCCCCUGGCCUGAUGCCACCUCUCAGUGCUCCUACAUUAAGGGACAGAGGUGGCAAGAUGUCCCGGGAUGUCCAGGCCAGGCUGGGGCUUGCUGGGUGUGACACUGAAAGGAGCCAGGAGCCCCCAGCACCAGCAGAACAGCUCAGACGCUCUGGCAGCAGCUCUGGGAUGGAGCAGAGAACCCCCCACACGGCCCUUGGUGCUGAGCCCGGGCUGUCGGUGUGGGUGAGAGCUGGGCAGAGUGUCCCC